ACUGGAUCGGGACGCGCCUCGGGGGCGCGCUCGGUGGAGGCUUAUGGUGUGGGUAACGGACGGGCCGCACACAGCCAGCGCCGAGGUGCACGUCAACGUGAAGGACAUUAACGACAACGCACCGUUUUUUCCCCAACAUGACCAUCAACGCUACAGUGCCUGAGAAUGCCGAAGCAGGGUGGGAGGUGACCAGUGUGACGGCCACGGACUUCGAUGAUCCGCGGGAGGGAACUAACGCCAUCAUCUCAUACUCCGUCGAGAAGAAUGUCAUUGAUGAGUUCAGCGGGCAGCCCAUUUUUGACAUAGAUUCCGUCUCCGGCAGAGUCAGCACCGCUCUGUGUUGCCUCGACCGUGAACGAACACCCUUUUAUGCCAUUCAGGUGGUGGCGUCUGACGGCGGCGGACUCAAAGGCACAGGCACGGUGCUAGUGACAGUGCUGGACGACAACGACGUAUCGCCGAAGUUUACGAGGCGUGACUGGCAUCUGCUGGUGCACGAGAUCACGGAGCCCCUCGCCACCGUGGCCUUCCUCACCGUCUCCGACCCGGACCUCAGCAACGAAUUUGAGUUCAGGAUAAUUCCUGAAAGUGGCUUUGGCUGGGAGAAAUUUCGAAUAGUGAGCUCGGAGCACGGAAGCGGCGCUCUGCAGGCGGUCCAAGACUUGGACUACGAAGAUCCUGGGCAGAGACGAGGCUUCAAGUUCAGAGUGCAGGUAUCUGAUAAGGCGGCCAAUCGAUGGAAGGACGACGAGCAUGUGGACGAGGCCUGGGUCACCUUGACGCUCGUGGAUGACAAUGACAACGCGCCCUUUCUGCCCCUAACGAGUGUUAACCUGACCCUUCCCGAGGACACGCCCGUUGGUUACUCCCUGACGACUUUCACAGCUACGGAUCUUGACCAAGGCGGCGAGGACGAGGUCAGGUACACCAUCGACCCUCUCAGUGAUCCCUUCCGUCUCUUCGCGGUGGACUCUUCGGGUCAUGUCUGGUUACGCCGCACGCUGGACCGAGAGUCUGCCAAGAGCCACGCGGUGAAAGUGUUAGCCGUGGACAGCGGUGUUCCUGCUCUCACCUCCACCGCCACUCUGCUCCUUGCUGUCACGGAUGUAAACGACAACGCUCCCAACGUAGCAAAUCCCGACACGCUGUACAUCCCGGAGAACAGUGGCCCGAGACACGUGGCAGACCUGUUACUGGAUGACGCCGAUGACUGGAGCAAGGGACACGGCCCGCCUUUCUCCGUCACCCUCGACCAGCGGGCCCCCGAUGAUAUCAAGAAGACCUUUGCCGUCGAUUUCAAUGCAGAGGGGGAUGAAGGGCGCGGCGUGGCGGUGGUGACAUCCCUGCGGCCACUGGAUCGGGAGGAAUCGGUCACCAGACUCCUGCCCUUGGUGCUCGGGGACGCGCGGCGACUUACCACAACUGCCACCAUCACUCUCACGGUGGCUGACGUCAAUGACAACCCGAUGAGGCCUGGCCACAAGACCGUCAGUGUUACCAGACUCAUGGGUGAGGAGAUGGCUAUCCCGCUGGGACGGGUGUACGUGGACGACAAAGAUGACUGGGAUGCUGGAGACAAGACCUGGGCGUGGCGGCGAGGAGAGCACCACCCUCUCUUCACGCUGCACGCCCGCACCGGCCAGCUGAUGAUGAGCGAGCACGCCCACGACGGCACAUACCAGCUGUCGUUUUGGGUGAGUGACGCGCACCAUGGCCAGAAGAACGUGGAGGCCAACGUGACGGUGGUAGUGAAGAGUGUCAGCCUGGACGACUUGGCUUGCGCCGUGCCGGUCACCGUCACUUCCCACCCCCCAGGCCGCCUCAUCACGCCGCUAAAGGGGAGCGGCCAGGCACCACUGGAGGCCUUGCGCGCCGCGGUGCAGAGUGUAGCCAAAGCGGGCGUGGAAGUGGUGUCCGUGGAGGCGGACUCGGAUAUUGGCGGGACAUCGGGCACUCGACUGUGGCUCACGGCGCUCUCCAGACACCCGCUAGACCAGAUCCUCCUGCUGCACCGGAAGAAGAUAUCAACUCAGUCUAGCGUGACGGUGAUGUGGGUGGGGGUCAACAUGUGCGUGGCUCCCUUCGCCUCCAAGCGUCACCCUCACGACAGAGUCUGGGUGGUGGACGCCAAUAGCACGGCUCUGGUCACGCCACGCCUGCAAGUGCCGCGGAGUCAGUGCAACUGCUUCCCCCAAGGCUCUCGCUUAGGCAGACAGCAGCACAAACCAGUCAGCUUAUCAGGGCAGCCCAGCGUAGCGGCCGUGACUCACAUUGUCUCCUGCCACCCCAACCCUUGCCUCAACGGGGGCCGCUGUGUACUACAGGCCCGCGUGUCCAGGUGCGUGUGUCCUGAAGGAACUAGCGGCUCCAUCUGCAAGCAGUUAAGUCGACACUUCAUCGGGAAUGGAUGGGCAUGGACGGCGCCCCUUCCAUCAGUUAAUCGAGCCCAUAUUUCGCUGGAAUUCCUCACUUUACGAGAGGAGGGUCUGCUGCUCUACGCGGGGCCGCCAGACGCUCCCCACUUGGACGCUCCCCUCAUGCAGGAAGACGUGCUGAGCGUGGAACUUGAGGACGGACGGCCGCGGCUGCUGCUGGAUGUGGGGAGCAGUCCUGUACUGCUCGCCGCCUCCCCGGGCCACCCCCUUCCUCGCCUGGCUGACGGGCACUGGCACCGCCUCGAUGUGGUGUGGGGAGCGCAGAGAGUAGAGCUUAUCGUUGAUCGAUGUGAGGCAGGAGGGGAGUGUAGGGUCGCCGCUCCCCUGCCGCCCCAAGAGCCCGUGCUGAGUGUAGCAGCACCCCUGCAGGUUGGAGGGCUGGCACACGCGGCCCCAGACGCCCUGCAGCACGGGUGGCCCACGCAGGUCAAUGGCCACUAUUUUCAUGGGUGUAUAAAGAAUCUGAGAGUGAAUGGAGAGCUGCGUGAUCUGGGCGAGGCGGUGCUGGGGGAGGGCAGCUCGUCCGGGUGUGAGGGCCACGACCCCUGUGCCCUGGCCGGAGGACCCUGCCCGCCUAGAGCCAGGUGUAUGAGGAUGGAUGGCCAGUGGGUGUGCGGGUGCGAGCCUGGCUGGGCGGGAGAGGACUGCCACACCCACACCCAACCUGCCUACUUCGCCUCCAGCAGCUACGUCAAGAUGGCGCUCUCCUCCAUCCCUCCUGCUCAGUCCACAUUUAUUCAGUUACGAUUCCGAACGUGGGAGGCGUGGGGGCAGCUGGUGGCCGUCACGUCUCAGCAUGGGCGUGACCUAGCGGCGAUACACCUGCUGAACAGUCAUGUGUGUCUCCAGAUGCGGCUCCAUCCAGCCGCCCUCACCCAUCUGUGUCUCUCGGAGGUCCCUCUGGCUGACGGAGAGUGGCACACCGUCUACGUCCACAGACAAGGCGAGUGGGCGGAGCUCCAUGUGGAUGAGGGAGACGGACCACUGUACAACGCUACGUCCACCCCAGCGGCGACCCAGGGCUGGUCCACGUCCCUGCUGGUGGACAGACAGGAAGGAGUUCACGUGGGCGGGUCUCCGGAGUACGUAGGCGUCAGUCUUUACAUCGUUCAUCAUGAUUUUCACGAUGGUUGUUUAGACGACCUAAGGGUGUCUGGGCUGCAACUUCCUUUGCCUCCACUUCUCAACACCUCCUCCCUGGCUCAAGCAACGAUGUUUACCAAUGUCUCAGCGGGAUGCAGCGCCCCCUCGGCGUGCGCUAACGUAACCUGUGAAGAACCUUUCUCGUGUAUCGACAUCUGGUGGAGAUAUGAAUGCGGAUGCCCGGUGGGAUCGCAGAUUUCCCACGGGGGAGGCUCGUGCCAGGACCUAGAUGAGUGCGAGUGGCUACCCUGCCUGAAUGGUGGCACGUGCGUCAACAGAGAGCCGGGCUACUCCUGCCACUGCACGGCCUCUCAUGGCGGCGAGCACUGUGAGACUGAGAGAAAAGACGCAGCAGUGAUGGUAUUCCCCGUGACGACCCUGGUGGUGGUGGUGGUGUGGAGCUUCCUCCUAUUGGGACUGGUGGUGGCGGUGUGCAUAUGUCGGCUGAGACGGCAGCACCAGGGUAGCAGCAGCGGCGGGCGCGAUGCACUCAGCGCGGGCGGGCAAGGCUCUGAUAGUAAUGUGACAAGCAUGCCAGCCGAGCAAGUGGAGCUGACAGUAACCACAGCGUCCGCCCACCCAUCCCCACACCCACUGCGACCUAAAGUGACUGAAGAGGUUAAUAUCCUUCGGAAGAGCUUGGCGGCAUCCCACGGUGAAGGUCAGCCUGGUGCGGGAUGUGGUUGCCCACCCCUUCCCACCCUGGAUGACCUCCGUAACUAUGCCUACGAAGGUGACGGCAGCUCUCCGGACUCCCUCUCCUCGUGUUGCUCCGGUGAGCAACUAUAUUGCUACGAAAUUAAUGGAAUUAAAAGUGGACAUUUCGGGGGAGAGAUUCGAUUUAUAGGAGGAUUCCAAGAAGUUUCGAACCUACUAAGUUGUCUGAGUACACCGGAGACAGCAGACCCCUCGGCCCGGGGAGGCGCGGCUCGGGGCUCUGCUGGGGACAUAAGUAACUCCAAGCACUCCUCCAGCCAGACGCUACUCCACGUUCUCCAGUCGAAUCUCAAAGCCGAGGAAGGUAAAUGUGACCAAACCAAGAAUAAUGGUGUCAGAAUCGGAAAAACUGAAAAAAGAGACAAUAGUUUUGAUAGAAAUAUAGUGAAGCACUCUAGUGUGGGUCAUUACUCCCCGUCGGUGUUGGGAGGCUCUCCAUUCUGCACCUCCAUCAUACAGACAGGAAAGCACGACUCUCUGAGGGUAAAAAAGGAAGUGUUUCAUCAAUCACUGAAGAGAAAGAAGUCUGACAUCAAAGUGACGUGUGUGUGCACUGACAGCAUCGAUGGCCCCACUGGCUUCAGCUGGCAGGGGAAGCAUUUGGACCAAAUGGCGCGGGAACAGUCGCCUAACCGUCACUUCCACUCCUUGUGUAGAACCUGUAUCAUACUGAGUGCUACAUAUCCAUCCAGUGUGCAAGGAAUAUGUCGACACAGCCAGUCGACUUCCAGUUUGUACUCCGUUCUUGCCGCCGCGACACAAGCUGGUGGCGAACAGGUGCGCGCGGUGCGAUGCGGCAGUGCUGGCAGCGUCCUGCGUUGUGUUCAUUCUCAUAAUCACGAAGGAAAUCAAUGCAGCAUAAAACCUUAUUGCCGAGAAUGUUCAGUGAAACUACUGGGUAUGCAUAAAGAGAGGACUGCCGAGACCAAUAUUUUCCAGAGCAACGACACCUAGUUAGGAGCUACGCUAUUACAGGAGAUGGCUAUGAAUAACGAAUCCCGAUGUCUCAUACCAAUAAACAUCUACUUUGAAUGUUUUGAACAUCGUGGAUGAUUAAUUUUGUAGUUUUAUAACCAAAAGAGUAUUUAAUAUUGCCUCCUGAAAUUUUGUAAAGGUUGUGGAAGAUUUUCAUAAGGAAGUAUCUUGUAGUAUUUUGUAAUGUGUGUGUGUGUGUGUGUGUGUGUGUGUGUGUGUGUGUGUGUGUGUGUGUGUGUGUGUGUGUGUGUGUGUGUGUUAAUAUAUGUAUACCUACAAGGAAGGUACGGUGUUUCAGGAACAGUACAGAUAUAUCAGGGUCUAGUACCAAAUAUUAUAUAAAUAUUAUGAUUCAUAAUCGGUCUGGAUGAGAUUUCGUUUGCUGGUACGAAGGCAAGGUUGUUAUUUCGUCACGAGGUCACGUGGCUGAAAAUGAAGCAGCAGCACGAGCUACUUACGAAUUCCUUCUUUUCUUCUGCUUGAACGGUUCAGUCAUUGUGAAUGUGGUCUGUUCAUGGUGAGGAGGAUUAACACAUUUAGCAAGCGCAUCAGCCAGGAGGCCCACGUUCCUUCAGGCCACAUAGGCAUCAAUUAUAAUUGCCAUGACCAGGAAGUUACUACUGAUGUGAGUCCCGCCUCAGUCACUCUUGAAGAGUUAUGAAAGGAAUACUAAUGAUAAAUCUGUAUGUUUUAUUCUUUCUUUUCCAAAGUAAUACAAAUAAGCUUUAACUGUGAUUUGAAAUGACAUCUGCACUUUCUUGAAUGUUGUGAAAGGCAAUUAGAAAAUGCCUUAUACAUAUGUAGGUGUUGAAUUAUUACAUCCUUGUCUCUGAGUUGAGCAAUUGCUAGUGUUAUGCCAUGUUAGGCUUUGAGGUCAUUACUUUGAGUCUAUUUAUGUAUCAUCAGGAUUAUAAUUAAAGGAUGCUUUCGAAUA